GGCAGCGUCAGCUGGCAACACCGGUCCGUAGUAGGCUGGGGGUCCUAAGAGGAUCCACGACAAUUUUGCUGGCCUUAGUAUUUUCCUGUAUUUUAUGCUUAAUUGUUACAUUUAGCGUUGAUUUGUGUGUGACAGACAUGAGUAUUGGACAUUUUUAAAAAUAUGGAACAAAUCGCGUCCCGUAUCGGUUCCACACGGGACGCAACAUUUAAUUGCCAAAUAAAGGACGAUUCCGUAUUUUACGGGUGGCAACCCUACUCUUGAUUUUUUAUUUUUUUUCCACUAAACACUCUUCUUCUACUUUGGUUAGGCUUGUUAAAGAACCAAUUAUUGAGUGUUAUGGUUUGAUUUUGUUUUUUACUAUAUUCUGGUAGAGUGGUUUUCAUAGUGGCAAUUCAGCAUAUACUACAAAAUAAAGGCCCUUCCUUACAGUUGGUCUGUUGGCAUUUUAUUUUGAAAGGAAUAAAGAAUCACAUCAAAGAGAUUCAUUCCAGAGCACGUCAGAGACAUAUGAAGAGAUGAUGUCAUCAGUCUUUGAUCUUAGAAGGUAUAAAUAGGCUCAGCAUUCAGACAAAGUUAGUAAUCGCCGACGAAACACAAAACAAGAAGGUUGUCAGACUCAAAGCAAUCAGACGCUUAAAAACACAGAAGAAAACAUGAGAAGGCAGAACUCUGAAGCACGUACGAUGUUAGAUGCACAAAGACCACAGAAACGAAACAUGCCGGAAUCCCAGAAAAAGGCAGAAGAUUUUAACGGUGAAAGGAGGGGUGAUGCUGGUUAUAUGUCGUACAAAUCGGAAGAAUGGUGCCGGUACUAUCCCAGUGAAUACAAAAAAGCGACAAAGGUACAUAUUAACUGUCUCAAGAUGAAACUGGAGGCAUCUGAGAAUAAACUAAAAGAACUUCAGAAAUGUUACUUUAGCACCAAUAAUUCAGGGAACAUAGACAAUCUGAUAACCCAACUGGCCGAAUCUGAGAAGAAAGUAAAUGAGCUCGAAGCCAACAAAACAAUUUUAGAGAAUACCAUUAAUGAUCUGAAAGAAAAGCAUCAUACGCUUGCAAUGGAUUCCUACAACUACAAAACUGAUUCAGAGAUCACCAUUAAUAACCUGAAGAAACAACUGGCAGAGGCUUGUUUACCACAAAACCUGCAGGAACAAAGUAGCCAACCUGCUGCAGAACUGAGUGCAGAGCCUUCCUGCCGAGCCACGAAGGCUUCACAGACUGACUUCAAAUCUGCCAAAAUGGCUGACCUUGAGCUCAAGUGUGGCAAACAACAAGCGCAGAACCAACAGCUCCAACAGCAGCUCCAGGAAUCUCAGAGACAACUGGAGGAGCAGGCAAUUCAACACAGACAGGAGCGAGAGAAAUUCCAGUCUGAAAUGAAUGAGGUAAAAUCCCUGCUCGCUAACUACAAGGACCUUCAUGCUUUCUACCUAAAAAUCAUGAAGGAGGAGAAUGAAGAAAAGAGCAGCAUGGGAACUCGACUGGAAAAAGCAGAGGCAGAGAAGGAAUUACUGCCGCAGACUGUGGAGCCUCUGCAGAAAAAGCAAGGCACAGAGCAAGGAAAGGAAGGAAAAGUGGACUUGGUGCCGCAGACUUCCUUGUCUCUGCAGGAGCCUGCCGAAGAGAAGCAAGGCAUGGAGCAAGGAAAGGAAGGAAAAGUGGACUUGGUGCCGCAGACUUCCUUGUCUUUGCAGGAGCCUGCUAAAGAGAAGCAAGGCACGGAGCAAGAAAAGGCAGGAAAAGGAGACUCACUGCUGGAAACUGUGAGAUCUUUGCAGGAGUCUUUGAAAACAAAACAAGGAAACGAGAAGAUCCUCAUCGCCAAGCUGGAGAAGCUUGAGGAACAACCCAAACAGAAGAAGAAGAAGCGCAAUUGGCUGCUUAGGCUCUUCAACAGAAACAAGUCCUAAAAAUCUGAUUUUUUUGUCCUAAAAAUCACAUUUAUACACAACUAAAUAUGUCAGUGAACGUCUCAGUGGUACGGUAACAAAUCAUUCCUUUUUUCCAUCACGCCCCCCCAACCCGCCACGGCAGAUGGCUGCCCCUCCCUGAGCCUGGUUCUGCUGGAGGUUUCUUCCUGUUAAAGGGAGUUUUUCCUCCCCACUGUCGCCAAGGGCUUGCUCAGAGGGGAUCUUCUGAUUGUUGGGGGGGCUCUUUAAACCAACCACUGAUCAGAUCACUGGCAUUAAAUUUCAGACUCAGCAAAUAUGUAAACGGAUGACUCCUCACAA